UUGAGCGGGUAGGAGUGAGGAGGGGCGGGGUUUAGAAGGAGCGGCGGCUUCCCAGGCAAAGCCCGGAUGCAACGGGAACUCAGGCAAAGGUUAAGAGGAAAAGAGCACAGCCUUGGGUGUCCAGAGAGUCAGGUUUAAAGAGUCCAGAGGUUGAGGUUGUGGCCUUGCCAGGGCACCAGUGUGGGAGAUGGAGGUGCGAAGAGAGGACUGAAAAACCGCAAGUAACCGAGGAAUCCAGACUUCGAGGAACCUUUAGGGCAUUCAGACAAGGCGUUCAAGGGAAACUCUCUCUGAAUGCGUUUCAGGGUGGUUUGGCUCCUGCGUCAGUAAUUUUGGGUUUCAAGUUUAAAAAAUCUGACAAAAGUGUAGAUUAAACAAGAUGGAUAUGUACUUUUCUCUCAAACAACCUAAAGUUGGAAACUUGGUAGUCCAGAGCCGGUCUGCAGCACCACAACGCGAAGGAUGGGGCUUAUUCCUUGGCCUGCAGUUUUCCUCUUCAGGACUGCCUCACCGUCAGGGUUUCUGCAACUCCAGCCUUCACAUCUACCACACAGUUUUUAAAAUGAAGAAGUUUAAUUUCCGAAAAGUUUUGGAUGGCUUAACGGCCUCAUCCCCUGGCAGUGGCAGCAGCAGUGGCAGUAACAGUGGUGGCGGGGCUGGAAGUGGCUCCACACAUCCGGCAGGGACUGCAGGGAUUCUCAGAGAGGAGAUUCAGGAAACCUUGACUUCAGACUAUUUCCAGAUUUGUAAGACAGUUCGGCAUGGUUUUCCUUAUCAGCCCACCACAUUAGCCUUUGAUCCAGUUCAGAAAAUCUUGGCUAUUGGGACGAGAACUGGUGCUAUACGAAUACUUGGAAGACCUGGUGUUGAUUGUUAUUGUCAACAUGAAAGUGGUGCGGCUGUCCUGCAACUCCAAUUCUUGAUCAAUGAGGGUGCUUUGGUCAGUGCAAGUUCAGACGAUACACUUCAUUUGUGGAACCUUAGACAAAAAAGGCCAGCUAUUCUUCAUUCUCUCAAAUUUAACAGAGAACGAAUUACUUACUGUCAUCUACCUUUCCAGAGUAAAUGGCUCUAUGUUGGAACAGAAAGAGGAAAUACACAUAUUGUAAAUAUUGAAUCUUUCAUUCUUUCUGGAUAUGUUAUCAUGUGGAACAAGGCAAUUGAACUAUCCACAAAGACUCAUCCAGGUCCAGUUGUGCAUUUAAGUGAUAGUCCAAGAGAUGAAGGGAAAUUGCUAAUAGGUUAUGAAAAUGGUACUGUAGUUUUCUGGGACUUGAAAUCCAAAAGAGCAGAACUGAGAGUUUACUAUGAUGAGGCUAUUCAUUCAAUUGAUUGGCAUCAUGAGGGCAAACAAUUCAUGUGCAGCCAUUCAGAUGGUAGCUUGACUUUAUGGAACCUGAAAAGCCCAAGUCGUCCUUUCCAGACCACAGUUCCACAUGGAAAAAGUCAAAGAGAAGGAAGAAAACCUGAAUCUUGCAAACCAAUUCUUAAAGUAGAAUACAAGACUUGUAGAAACAGUGAACCAUUCAUAAUAUUUUCUGGUGGACUGUCCUAUGACAAAGCUUGCAGAAGACCAAGUUUAACUAUCAUGCAUGGAAAAGCAAUUACAGUGCUUGAAAUGGAUCAUCCUAUUGUUGAAUUUCUAACUUUAUGUGAAACACCCUAUCCAAAUGAAUUUCAAGAACCUUAUGCAGUUGCAGUACUCCUGGAGAAAGAUCUCAUUGUAGUUGAUCUGACACAAAGCAACUUUCCAAUCUUUGAAAAUCCAUAUCCCAUGGACAUUCAUGAAUCACCAGUUACGUGCACAGCAUACUUUGCUGACUGCCCACCAGAUUUGAUUCUAGUGCUCUACUCUAUAGGAGUCAAGCAUAAAAAACAAGGAUACAGUAAUAAGGAGUGGCCCAUCAGUGGAGGAGCUUGGAACCUUGGCACACAAACAUAUCCAGAAAUCAUUAUUACUGGGCAUGCAGAUGGAUCAAUCAAGUUUUGGGAUGCAUCUGCAAUAACUCUGCAGAUGCUAUACAAGCUAAAAACUUCAAAAGUGUUUGAAAAACAGAAGGUAGGAGAAGGAAAACAAACAUGUGAGAUUGUAGAGGAAGACCCAUAUGCCAUUCAGAUGAUCUACUGGUGUCCAGAGAGCAGAAUAUUCUGUGUAUCAGGAGUCUCUGCAUAUGUCAUAAUUUAUAAAUUCAGCAGACAUGAAAUCACAACAGAAAUAGUGUCAUUAGAGGUACGACUGCAGUAUGAUAUUGAAGAUAGUAUUACCCCAGAACCAGAAACAAGUCCUCCAUUUCCAGAUCUUUCAUCCCAGCUUCCUUCAAGGAGUCUUUCUGGGAGCACUAACACUGUGGCUAGUGAAGGAGUAACAAAGGACAGUAUCCCAUGCCUCAGUGUUAAGACACGACCAGUGCGGAUGCCUCCGGGAUAUCAAGCAGAACUUGUUAUUCAGUUGGUGUGGGUGGAUGGUGAACCUCCACAGCAGAUUACUAGCCUUGCUGUGAGCUCAGCGUAUGGAAUAGUUGCAUUUGGGAACUGCAAUGGGUUGGCUGUGGUGGAUUUUAUACAGAAGACUGUACUGUUAAGCAUGGGGACCAUUGACCUGUAUAGAUCAAGUGACAUAUACCAACGACAACCACGGUCUCCUCGAAAAAACAAGCAGUUUAUUGCAGACAACUUUUGCAUGCGUGGCCUGUCUAACUUUUAUCCUGAUUUAACGAAACGGAUCCGUACUUCCUAUCAGAGCUUAACUGAGUUGAAUGACAGUCCAGUUCCCCAGGAACUUGAGCGCUGCAAGUCUCCUACUUCAGGACUUGCUACCAGAACUCCCGAGGCAGCACCAGGCUUUUAUAGGAAUGAAAUACCAGCUAUGAGACAGAGGAAUCAAGUACAUCAUUUGCCAGUUAAAGGAUCAAGAAAGUUAAGUCUGCCAACAGAUCUUAAGGCUGAUCUUGACCACGUAAAUGGACACUGCACAAGUCCCACUUCUCAGAGCUGCAGUUCUGGAAAACGACUUUCCAGUGCUGAUGUUUCAAAAAUAAAUCGCUGGGGUCCUGGAAGACCACCAUUUCGAAAAGCACAGUCAGCUGCUUGCAUGGAGAUUUCUUUGCCAGUUACAACAGAAGAAAGUCGAGAAAAUUCCUAUAAUCGUUCUAGGAGCUCUAGCAUCUCCAGCAUUGACAAAGAUUCUAAAGAAGCUAUUACAGCGCUAUACUUCAUGGAGUCCUUUGCUCGGAAAAAUGACUCUACCAUCUCCCCUUGUUUGUUUGUUGGAACUAGUCUGGGAAUGGUGUUAAUCAUCUCCCUAAACCUACCUUCAGCAGAUGAACAAAGAUUUACAGAGCCGGUCAUGGUCCUGCCAAGUGGUACAUUCCUCUCAUUGAAAGGAGCUGUCCUAACAUUCUCCUGUAUGGACCGAACUGGUGGGUUAAUGCAACCACCAUAUGAAGUUUGGAGGGAUCCAAACAACAUAGAUGAAAAUGAGAAAUCCUGGAGAAGGAAACUGGUCAUGAACUGCCCCUCUCCAUCCCAAGAAAUAGGAGAUCAUCAGUACACAAUAAUCUGCUCAGAGAAACAAGCUAAAGUCUUCUCACUGCCUUCUCAGACUUGCCUCUAUGUUCAUAACAUCACAGAAACAUCUUUUAUACUGCAAGCAGAUGUGGUGGUCAUGUGUAACAGUGCCUGCUUGGCAUGCUUUUGUGCCAAUGGGCAUAUCAUGAUAAUGAGCCUACCUAGUCUUCGCCCAAUGUUAGAUGUUAAUUAUUUGCCACUGACAGACAUGCGGAUAGCACGGACAUUUUGUUUCACCAAUGAAGGACAGGCAUUAUACCUCGUCUCUCCUACUGAAAUUCAAAGGUUAACAUACAGCCAAGAGAUGUGUGAUAAUCUACAGGACAUGCUGGGAGAUUUGUUUACUCCUAUAGAGACACCAGAAGCUCAAAACAGAGGCUUUCUCAAGGGCCUGUUUGGUGGAAGUGGACAAACAUUUGACAGAGAAGAGCUUUUUGGGGAAGCUACCGCAGGAAAAGCAUCACGCAGCCUCGCGCAGCACAUUCCUGGACCAGGUGGUAUAGAAGGGAUGAAAGGCGCUGCCGGAGGGGUGAUGGGAGAGCUGACUCGUGCACGGAUCGCACUUGAUGAGAGAGGACAGAGGCUAGGAGAGCUGGAAGAGAAAACUGCAGGCAUGAUGACCAGUGCAGAGGCAUUUUCCAAACAUGCACACGAGUUAAUGCUGAAAUAUAAGGAUAAGAAAUGGUACCAAUUCUAAACUUCUAAAGAAGCUAUGACUGCUUUGAGAAACCAUUAUUCAGGGAAACCAAAUUUAUUCCCAGCAUCAAUAUUCAACUGCUAGAAGCCAGUUUCUUCUACAAAAUGUUCCAUUACAGUCCAUCUGAAUUUAUCAUAAGGGAGACUUAUCAGAGACAUUGUACAACCCAA